CAAGUAGAGGCUCUUGAGAGUGGACUCGCACUGAGUGGGAGCGCAGUCGCAUGUUAUCCAUCGCCUUGCGCGAGCUCUGCACGGUCACUCCGCCGCCUCUGGGAUCUUUCUUUUACAUAGACGUAGAGACUUAGCAUAUCCAUCUCAUUUAGCUGUGGACUCAGAUUGUUAAGCUUUUGUUCUUUGUGCACCCGCUCCUCUUUUCACUCCCCUGACCGAAACGUCCUGCGUUUGUUGUAAAGGUGAUUGUUAGUGCGCAUCAUCGUGGGAGCCAGAGGGAGGUUUGUCACUGUUAAUUAAGAGACUGCAGGCUGCCUGAGCGUCAUGACAGCUGAGAAGAGUGGACCAGUUAUAAAUGGUAAACCAGAGGAUGGCAAAGACCCAGAAGGGUCCAGCUCAAGCCUUGACAAUGGGGUAUACAUUGAAAGAGGCCACUGGAACAACAAGAUUGAGUUUUUCCUAUCUGUGGCUGGAGAGAUCAUCGGGCUGGGCAACGUCUGGAGGUUUCCCUACCUCUGCUACAAGAAUGGAGGAGGUGCCUUCUUUAUUCCAUACGUCAUCUUCUUCAUCUGUUGCGGCAUCCCUGUGUUUUUCCUUGAGACGGCUCUGGGUCAGUUUACCAGUGAGGGAGGAAUCACCUGCUGGAGGAAAGUCUGCCCACUAUUUGAGGGUAUUGGCUAUGCAACGCAAGUGAUUGAAGCUCAUCUAAAUGUGUACUAUGUCGUAAUUCUUGCCUGGGCCAUUUUCUACCUCUUCAACUGCUUUACAACUGAGCUGCCAUGGGCUGGCUGUGGACACUACUGGAAUACAGAAAACUGUGUUGAUUUUUACGGGGAAAAUGCCACCAACAUCACAAACCCAAACGCAACUUCUCCCGUUAUUGAGUUCUGGGAACGACGAGUGCUGAAGAUAUCAGAUGGUAUUGAGCACAUGGGAGGGAUGCGCUGGGAGCUGGCCAUGUGCUUGGCUCUGGCUUGGUUCAUCUGCUACUUCUGCAUCUGGAAGGGACCCAAGUCAACUGGCAAGGUUGUGUAUGUGACGGCUACAUUUCCUUACGUCAUGCUAUUAGUCCUGCUAGUUAGAGGAGUCACUCUCCCUGGAGCUUACGAUGGCAUCAAGUUCUACCUUUACCCAGACAUAUCACGUCUCUCCGACCCUCAGGUAUGGGUGGAUGCAGGAACCCAAAUCUUCUUUUCCUAUGCCAUCUGCUUGGGUUGCCUCACUGCUCUUGGGAGUUACAAUUCCUAUAACAAUAAUUGCUACAGGGACUGCCUCAUGCUCUGCUGUCUGAACAGCGGCACCAGCUUUGUGGCAGGUUUUGCCAUAUUCUCUGUCCUGGGCUUCAUGGCAUAUGAGCAAAAUGUUCCCAUCGAAGCUGUGGCAGAGUCUGGUCCUGGUCUUGCCUUUAUUGCAUACCCCAAAGCUGUAACUAUGAUGCCUCUGUCUCCACUGUGGGCUUGUCUCUUCUUCAUGAUGUUGAUCUUCCUUGGCCUGGACAGUCAGUUUGUGUGUGUGGAGAGUUUAGUGACAGCUGUGGUGGACAUGUACCCAGAGACCUUCAGACGAGGCUACCGCAGAGAGCUGCUGAUUCUCGGCAUGUCCAUAGUUUCCUUCUUCAUAGGACUUAUCAUGUGCAUGGAGGGAGGGAUGUACGUCUUCCAGCUGUUUGACGCGUACGCUGCGAGCGGGAUGUGCUUGCUUUUUGUGGCUAUAUUUGAGUCCAUCUGUAUUGGCUGGGUGUACGGCAGUGACAGAUUCUACCUAAAUAUUGAGGACAUGAUCGGCUACAAACCUGUCUUCUUCAUCAAAUGGUGCUGGAUGAUCCUGACCCCAGGCAUCUGUGCUGCUAUUUUCCUUUUCUUCUUAAUUAAGUACAAACCCUUGAAGUACAACAACGCGUACACCUACCCUGACUGGGGCUAUGGUAUCGGCUGGUUCAUGGCCAUGUCCUCGAUGGUGUGUAUCCCACUAGGGAUGAUAUGGAUGAUCUGGAAGACGCCAGGCACCUUUUCUGAGAGAAUGAAGAAGUUGACGACUCCCAGCCGAGACUUGAAAAUGAGAGGGAAGCUUUCUGCUCUCAGUCCCUACGCUAGCAAUGACGCAAAACUUAAAGUUGAUGGCAAAAUAUCUACCAUUUCAGAGAAGGAGACGCAUUUCUAACAAACCGCCGACUGACCCGAUCGGCUGCCUGUUGUCUUUACAAAAAGUCAGACAAAGCAAACAGCAACCACAAUAUCAGCCACGACUCAAAAAACGGGGAAUGAAACAAAAUGACUUGGAGUGCUAUUUUUGUUUUUUAAAAAAGAAAAAGAAAAAAAUGGAAAAUCACAUGAUGAUAUAGUCUGCUUCUGCUUUGCACAAACUCUAAAUAACACAUUUGCUGUUCUCAAUUAACAUUGUGACUAAAGCGGCUGUUUCCCUCUUUUGUAACCAUUAAUAUUUAAAGAUUUGUUUAUUGACAUACAUUAAAGUGGUUCAGUUUUGUCCUGGUACCUUGUCAGUAAUGGUCACACUAGUGACUGUGCCUUACCAGCAAUACCAGCGUGUUGUGUUGUACGAGGCUUACACUGUGCAUUUAUGGGCAAAGUGUUGUGCCUCUAUUAAGUACCCAAUGUGACUAAAUUGUAGCAGCUUGGGGACCAUUCUACAUAUUUCUCUGUGUUAAGAAAGGAUACUGCCAUUUGUCCUAAUACUGAGGUUAUAAGAGGACACUGAACACCCCUGCAAGUAAAAAAAAAAAAGAAA